CAGGAGCUCUCAACAGUGGUACGAAAGGGUAAAUCUUGGUUGGGGAUAGAAAAUUGGAAGGAAAAAAAUAUCCUUCUUGGGUUGGGAUUUGGAGAUGCUUUAAAUUGCUAGUGAAGAUCACUGCUUGAGAGUUAGGGAUUUUUGAAUUCUAACAAUCGAAACCGAAUAAGCCAUGGAAGGACUGUUGUCUGACAGUGAUCAGCAGACGCUAGUCUCGUCCUUUCUGGAAAUCGCUGUUGGCCAAACGGCGGAUACUGCCCGACAGUUCUUACAGGCUACAAGUUGGAAUCUUGAUGAAGCUAUCCAACUUUAUUUUGUGGGUGGUGAUGGUGGGGUAGUUGCAUCAGCUUCAUCAAUUGAAAAUGCUAACCAAAAUCCAAGGGAUGUUGUGAGUGACAAUCACAGUCAAGAAGGUGGAGAUGAAGUACGACCUCCUUUACCAGUUGUUAGGGAGACUCUUUAUGAUGAUGCUAUGUUGUAUGGAUCAUCCAGGGCAGGAGUUUUUCCACAAGAACCAAGCUCCUUGGUUGCAUUUCGUAAUUUUGACCAGGAAAUGAGGCGUGCUGGUGUUUGGGAAUCUGAUCAAAGUGCUGCAUCAGCAUCUACGAUAGAGAAUCCAAGAGAAAAUUUGGCUUCUUUAUAUCGUCCUCCUUUCCAUUUGAUGUUCCAGGGGUCAUUUGAAAAGGCAAAAGCAGCUGCUUCUAUGCAGGAAAAAUGGCUCCUCGUGAACUUACAAUCCACAAAAGAGUUCAGCUCACACAUGCUUAAUCGGGAUACAUGGGCAAAUGAAGCAGUUGCUCAAACCAUCAAAACCAAUUUCGUCUUCUGGCAGGUUUAUGAUGAUACAAGUGAGGGCAGGAAGGUUUACACUUACUACAGGUUGGAUUCUAUUCCUGUUGUGCUGGUCAUUGACCCAAUCACUGGACAAAAGAUGCGUUCAUGGCUUGGGAUUGUUCAACCGGAGAGUUUACUGGAGGAUCUUGUACCCUUCAUGGAUGGUGGCCCAAGUGAUCAUCAUGUAACUCUUUCCCAUAAGCGUCCAAGGGGAAGUGCUACUAUUCGACCUCAUAAUUCCAAAGUGUCCACAAGUGAAACUCAUGAUGAAGAUGAGGAAUUGCAGCGAGCAUUAGCUGCCUCAAUGGAGAGGGUUAAAGAUGCAGAUAGUGGUGAUAAAGAGGCAACUACUAGCGACAAAGUGCAAGAAGCCUGUCCAAAAAAUAGCCCUGCCUAUCCACCUCUGCCUGAAGAACCCAAGGGUGAUAGGAACCUCUUAUGUAGAGUCGGUGUUCGUCUUCCAGAUGGACACAGGGUUCAGAGAAAUUUCCUGUGCAUUGAUCCAAUACAGCUGCUGUGGUCAUUCUGCUACUCUCAACUUGGGGAAGGUGACACAAGACAAUUCCGCCUGACACAGGCAAUUCCAGGUGCUAAAUCUCUAGAUUACGAGAGUAAGUUAACCUUUGGAGAGUCGGACCUGGCCAAUUCUAUGGUCUUGGUUACUUGGGAAUGAGGAUUACACCGUUAGGUACGUACUUCAUUACUCAUUCAGCAGCAAAAAGAGGGAGGUGGGAAAGAUGUUGAAGAGUUUUUGUUCUUAAUGUCUCAUGACUUGUUUUCUUUUUUCUUUUAUUUUUUCCUAGUGCGGUUUAUUGUUCUUCUGGAGGAAUGAAAUUGCAGAGCCAUCGAUAACUUUAUUUUAUGUAGACAACCAAGCCGUGCAUGAGGCAUGAAGCUAUAGUCAAUGUCAUGUUAGUUUUAUUUAGUAGUCGUGAAUUAUGUUUGUUCACAUUUGAUCAAACAAUUGUUCUUAGUAACAUUAACGUUUAAAACAAAGUUAUUUAGAAAGGGUAGAUAUUUGCACAAUUAAUGAGGAGAUUGCGUCAAUCUCAUGAAUGCCUGCUUUUUAA